CGGACUGAAAGUGUGUGUUUGGAGGGGAAAGUGCAGAUGAAACGCCUCCAUGAGCCGCAGGACGUUGUUCUGAAGCGAACCGCUGGUAAGAAGAAUCACAGUUAAUGUGGAGGAAGCUGCAGACUGCUAGCUGCUAACUGCUAGCUGCUGGCUGCUGGGAAGGAGGCUGGAAGAGACGAUUCCUGCUGCUGCCAUCAGUUUGAAUAUUUUAACAGACGUUCAGUUUAAAGGAGAGCCGUUGUUACAGGUGAACUGGUGUCAGAUUAGUUGGUGCGUGAAGCCGCCGUCACAGUGGUAGGUGGAGACCGUAGGUGGCUGCGUCGGUGCCUGUUCAGAAAGUCCACAAACCGUUUGUUCCUGUCGUCGGUAGCGACAUUUAUCUACGAUAGCUUACAUUAAACUGUCAGCAUACAGUUUAAUAAUCUUUUUAAAAUUAUUUUGUUUUUCAGGAUUGUUCCCAUCUGAGUGAAAAACCGGUUUUGUCCCUAAAAAGCGAUGCUAUCCUGCUUAUUAAAGCUGUAGGAGCCAGCUGCUAGCUGCUUUAAUCCGAAUCCAUAAAGAAAUUAUCUCCUUUCCUCGUGCCUGCAUUAUUUUACCUGCUCUUAGUUUAACCAGUUCAGACCUGAAAUAGCCUUUUAGAAGGUUUAUUAUCAAUAUACAGUAGUUUUUAUUUUUUACAUACAAAUAUUUAUUUUUAAUGAAUUUAAAAACAAGAUUGUUCACUGUGUACUUCUUUAACCCAAACCAAAAAUUGUAGCCGACAUUUAACGGACUAAUAACGAUAAUUAUUCUAAUAAUUUUAGUACAAUUAAAGAAAUACAGUCGUGACUUGGCAUUCCGACCCUUAACGAUCCGAAAACCUUAAUAUCCGACACGUUUUUAGGAACAAACUUUGUGUCACAAAUAAGGAUAAAAAUAAAAGUGCAUCUACCAAGUUUUCACCAGCGUUCAUGAAGUCACAGACCAUGUCGUUCACUGUCAUGGAGCUACCGACCAAGCGAAAACGAACAGAGAUAACAGUAGCGGUGAAAAAAGCUCUGUGUCAGUACAAGCUAGAGCAUCCGAAAUGUUCCCAGGACAGAUUGGUAGAGUUCAUAAAAGACACCUAUGCUGUGACAAUUGGCCGAUCGACCGUCUCUGAUAUCCUGAAGCACAGUGACAAGUGGAUGGCGUUUGUAGUGAAUACCAGCACAGAACAAAAACUGACCCGGAUUGUGCAUGUAAAACACGCCGAGCUGGAAGACGCACUCUUCAUGUGGUUUUCAAGUGCUACGAGCCACAACGUCGCAAUCAGUGAUGAAAUUCUGACUAUCAAAGCAAAGGAACUGGGAGAGGCACUGGGAAUUUCAGACCUUGUGUAUUCUCGUGGAUGGCUGUGCAAUUUCAAAAGACGGCGAGGAAUAUCACUACGGGAAAAACAUGGGGAGCCGGCAAGCUCUGAUGUGACCGCUGCUGCUAGUGCCCGGGAAAGAAUGCAGGUGUUGCUGCGAAGUCACCAGAACAAAGAUAUCUUUAAUUUCAGCGAAACUGGACUAUUUUACCGUCUGGAACCAAACAAGACACUCGCUUGUGGGCCAGUGAAGGGAACAAAGCGUUGCAAAGAUCGGAUAUCUGUCGGACUGUGUGCAAACGCUGAUGGCAGUGAAAAGCUAACGCCUGUAGUAAUUCACAAGUCCAAAAAGCCACGUUGCUUUCAUGGUUUCAACCCAAACACAUUUGUGGACUACUAUGCGAAUAAGAAGGCAUGGAUGACGCCACUUGUGUUUCAAGAGUUCAUUGAACAGCUAGAAAGAAAGAUGCGAAUGAAGAAACGCAAGAUCAUUCUGCUUGUGGACAAUUCCCCGAGCCACAAUGUGACUGGCUUGGAAUUAAAUUAUGUCCGCGUGGAAUUUCUGCCAACAAACACAACAGCAGAAAUUCAGCCAAUGGAUGCUGGAGUGAUCAGAAACUUCAAAGGCCAUUACAGGCGUUACUUGAUGAAGCAGUACAUACAAGAUUUCCACGAGAAGGGCAAAGUUGAACGAAUCAACGUGAAAGACGCCAUUUAUUUCAUCAGGGACGCAUGGAAGGAUGUGAAACAAUCAACCAUUGCAAACUGCUGGCGGCAUGCAGGGAUAUUACCCGGCUGCACCAACCACCCCUGUGAGCAGUCGGACAGCGUGGAGGUGGAGAACGAGGUGGCGUGCCUGAUCAGGGAAUUCAAAAGCGAAGACCCUGUGACCGCGGAGGAAUACCUCGCAUGGGACAACGCGGAGCCAACAGAAGCCAUGCUGACGACCGCCGACAUCCUGUCACUGGUCAGUAACACAGAAAACAGAGGGGACAGUGACAGCGAGUCUGAAGGAGAAGAAGAUCCUCCGAAACCGGUGACUCUCAGACAAGCCAUCGAAGGGAUGGAAACAGGGCUGCGAUACAUGGAGGAGCAGGGGUUUACCGCAGUGGAUGUUGAUGCCAUCCGCGGACUGCUAAGAAGGGUCCGCGAACAUCAGAACAGUAUCACCACAUACCAGACAUGAACUUUGUAGCUUGUCUGUCGGUUUAUUCUUUGAAUAGAUUUAGUUAAUAUUUGUUCAUUAUAUUUAGUUCAGUUUAUUUUCCAGGGGAACUUCUUUCAUGAGCCGUCAAUAUAUAUAUUUUUUUUUUUAAAUAUGUUUUUUGGGCUUUUUG